AUGGAAAACGAUGAAACCACGAAUUUUGAGAUUUUAUCUGCAAACGAUAAAAGCUUUGAAGUGCUAUCAGGAGAAAUUUGUCAAGAAAAUCAGAAUGAAAAAGAAGUUGAAAUAAUUUAUGCUAACCAAAUUUUUGAUGUCUUAGAAAAUGUAAUGGCCACUCUAAAUUUAGAAGAAAGAAGACUUAGAAUGAGUAGCGAUGAAUUUUACAUUGCAACUGAAGGGAAUGAAGAAAUAGAAAAAGAUAAAGAAGCAGCCAAGCAAGAGGAAGUAAACUAUUACCCUGCCUGCAAUGAUGAAACAAAUUGGUUUUCAAAAUUCGGCACAAAUAUUCGAUAUAAAUUAGAAGACAUUGAAAAUAUGCCGAUUUUUGGAUACGAUAAAGCAGAUUUUGAUGAGAAUUGUAGCGAUAUUGUACUUUUGGCUAGAAUUUAUAGAAUAUCUGCAGGGAAGCUUUAUAAGAGAAAUAGCUUUGUAAUUGGAAAUCCUAGAUGCUUGAAAAAGAAGUUUUUUGAUGAUUUUAAAAAAUUGAUAUGAGUUACAUAUAGAUCAGGGUUUAGGCCUCUUCAAUCUCGAGAAGGAGGCUCUGUGAAAUCUUUUACAUCUGAUGUAGGCUGGGGCUGCACUAUUAGGGUUGGACAAAUGAUGCUUCUAAAUACCCUUAAAAGACACUUGAAAGGUAGCACAACAGAAAUAGAUCUCCUAAAACUAAUCCAGGAAAAUUCUUUUUCAGCUGGCUUUUCUCUUCAUAAGUUUAUGGAAAUUAGCCACGAGUUUCUAAAAAAACCUGGGGAUUGGCAUUCUCCUUCAAUGGUAAGCCACUUUAUUGAAAAAUUAUCAGAAAUAAAUCAGAUACCUAAUUUCAAGGUAAAAGUAUUUAUGGAUUCAAUGCUGUAUAGAGACCAAGUUUAUGCAAUUGCAACUGAGAAACCUAUAGAGAGAGUGUUUAAUUAGGGAGGGUAAAAGCGGGUUUAUUUCAGCCCCUGAUCCAGUCGUGCUCCAGCUUCAGGCUCAAUGUGACGCUAGUCACCAAAGCCACCUAACGCUAUUUUCUGUCGACGUCAUCAAAAAUGCGACGUCGACAUCUUUCGGGAGACUCACCCGAGAACCUGCUUGGACCCAAAAAAAUUUAGCAAAGGACUCUCUUAAACCCCUGGUAGUGCUCAUGAUAUGAGGGGAACGUCCAAAGCUUCCUUCUGGAACUACCUCCGCCAUUUGCAGGCAGCAUAAUGCUCCUCCAGGAGUGCCUACUUGGUAUUGCGCAGUCUGUCUUUCGUCUGUGGGUCGAGGAGAGGCCCAGUCAGCCCAAACCUCCACCCACCCCGGAAAUCACACCCCAUCUAACCCCGUGGCGCUUCGGGGCCACCAUUUUGUUAAGUGACCCCGAAUUUUGGAAUUUUUUGUUUGUCUGUCGGGCUGCGGCCUUCGCCAUCAUGGAAGGCGUAAUUUUUGAAACCUAUAGAAGAAAUAAGAAAAAUUUGCAUAUGCCCAGAUGAUAAAGAUGAAGUAAUUAAAUUUGAAAAGGUGGGAGAUAUUAUAUGCUCUAUGUGCAAUAAAAAAACAAGUGAUUAUACAUGAAAGAAUUCUGUCUUACUUAUAUUUCCCCUUAUGCUUGGCUUUAAGAAGAUUCAGCCUGAGUAUAGUGAAACAAUAAAAUUUUUCUUAUCUCUUCCACAAACUGCAGGAGCCAUUGGAGGAAAACCAAGAUCAGCUUUGUAUCUGGUAGGGUAUCAAGGAAAUUCUUUGUUGUUUUUAGACCCUCAUUUUGUUCAGCCAUCACUUACAGGUAUUGAAGAACUGUCUAGUAGCAUUGAUAGCUAUCAUUGCGAUUCGCCCAAACUUAUUCCUAUAAACUCUGCUGAAAGCUCAAUUUCUCUUUGCUUUUAUAUUAAAGAUGAACUUGAGUUCAAUAAAUUUCUAGAUAAAAUAGAAGAAAAUAGAAGAUUAAUCCAUGGAGUUAUUUUGGUAAAGAAUCAAGAAUUAAAGCAGAGUAAUGAAGAAAUGCUAUUUUUUCAAAAUUAA